AUGAAUAUCAGCCUUCGCUCCAGCCAGUCUUCUUAUGGCGACCCUCGCUAUCUCUCCACCGCCACCAUCUCCGAUGCCAAUGCUCCCAUCGGGAAAUCCCUCGUCGACGGCUACCGUGAUGCUGUCCACCCUCAACAUGACGACCGAUCGCGGUACAACCCGCUCAAUGCCGCUCACCCGCGCAGCUCAGUCCUCGUCAAUACCAACGACCCCGUCACCAUGUACUUGUUGACCGAGACCGCGAUAGGGGACAGCAACAACUUCGAGAUACUGUCAUUUGAAGAAGUGGAGGACUUGAAGAAGGAACGCACACUACUCUCCAGUCGAAUCGAAGGCUCAAAACGCAAGCUGGCCCUCGAGACCAAGCUGCGCGACGCUGCUCAGUCAAUCGGUCGACUCUACAGUCCCCCCAGCCCCCGGGAUAGCGGUGAAUACGGCGUCAACGGAUCUUCCAAAUCACACCGCAGAAGCCGCAGUAUCUUUGGGAAGAAUGGAACUACCGACAUACUGGACAAGAGCGAUUCGGAACUGGCAAUGAGCCAGCGCAAGUGCGAGGACCUGGCCCAGGAGCUCUGGAAGCUCGAGCGCAGGUCUCAGCAGAUCGGUCAGCGCCUGCUAGAGCAUACCGCGGGUGUCCUGCAGAUGACCCAUAAGGGUAUGAGAAAGGGCCCAAAGAACCUUGAUGCACCGUCCGAUGAACUUUACGAUGGCCACGAAUUCGACGACCGCAGUCUCUACCGCACACCCGAGCAUUUGGAUAACUAUGGCGUGAAAGGAAGGAUCGAGGUCAAUGCUCCAUCGUCUGGGCUAUCCUCGGAGGCCGCAGAAGCCACCCAGAGGAGACUGGAGGAACUCAGCGAGCGCAUGUGCAACAUGAUGAUUGAAGCUACACCGGACGAGUUUUCCGCGAACCGAUCCCUCGAUCCCGCAUCUGCCGCUGAGGCGCACUUGGUAUACCUUGAGAAUAGCUUGAACACCCUGGGUUCGCGCCCAGCCGCUGCAGCGGUGGGUGUCUCCGCUUCUGGUGCAGCCCCGGCUCCGGAGAUUGAGGGGGCCUGGAAGCAACAGAUCACCGACGUCAACGAGCGUCUCCAGAACAUUGUUGACCGCUUUGGAUUAACUCGCUCGCCGACACUCCCGCCGCCUCCCUCUGCUUACGAUGGUGAUGGGUUAGAGGAACAACUGUCAUAUCUCCAAACCGGUGUCGAUGGGUUGGCAAGCCGGGUAGACGGACUGCUUGAGCAGAAGAGCAUUCUGACAACGCAGAUCCAACAGCAACGCGAGCUCAACUCCAAGUCCGACGCCGAGCGUGAUGCUCACAUCGGCGAUCUGACUGAACAAUUGUCCCACGCACGCAGAGAUGGCAAGUCUGCCCAGGACGAGCUUGAUGUCGUCAUGCAACAGUUGGAGGCCAUGCGCCAUGACGGUUCUUCCCAAGACGAAGCCAAGGCCUCUUUGGUCCAGGCCGAAGGCGAGAUCGCACGUCUGCAGAGUGUUGUGGAGUCGCUACACCGCGAGGCCGAUGCUCGCACGGAGGAAAUGAGGGAAACCCGCGACCGCGCCGAGUAUGAGGCGUCCCAAUCCGAGGCUCAAAUCGAGGAAAUGAGAGAGGCUCGUGAUCGUGCUGAGCGCCAGGUCACACAGCUCGAGGUUGAUAUCCAGCAGAUUCGUAGCGAUUCUGACUCCCGCAUGGAAGCGGUUACUUCUCGUGGACUAGAGUCCGAUUCUCGUGUGCAGGAGGCCGAGUCGCGUGCACAGGAAGCUGAAUUCCGCUUGCAAGAAACCGGGUCUCGUCUACAGGAAGCCGAGUCUCGCCUGCAAGAGGCUGAGUCCCAUCUUCAGACCAUCAAUUCUCGCGGACUAGAGGAGGCUUCUCGUGUGCAGGAAGCCGAGUCUCGCGCACAAGAAGCCGAAUUCCGUCUCCAGGAAGCUGCUUCCCGUGCCCAGGAGGCCGAGUCUCGUCUACAAGAAGUCGAUGCGCGUGUGCAAGAGGCUGUCGACCAGCGUAUCCAAGCCGAAGAGAACAGCACCCGCCUACAAAAUGAGAUGACUGAUAUGGAGGGCGAGGUUGUGAGAAUCACGACCGAACUUACCAUGGUCAAGGCUGAGCUGGAUGGUGCUUAUGGUACACGGGCACAGCGUGCAGCAGAAGCGGCCGCCAAUCCUGAAUUCCAGAACGAGAUCGAUGCCCUCAACACCCGCAACAUUGAACUUACCGAAGAGCUUGCCGCUCUCAAGAGCCAACGCGGCGGCGGUGAUCUCCAGCAACGAGCUGACACUCUUGAGAAGGAGCUUCGGGAAACCAUUGAUGAUUACGAGGCAAUGACCAAGGCCAGCAUUGAGUUCGAGAAGGAACGGGAACGUUUCGAGGGCGUGAUUGAUAGUCUGCGGGAUCGCAGUGAGCAACUGGAGCAGCAGCUGAGCGAGGAACGUAUCAGCUGGAUGAACCUCAGCAGUCCGACGUCGAUGGGCCGCGAUCCAACCCUCGAGACCACUUCCACUAUGGUAUUGAAGAACGAGUUUAAGAAGAUGAUGCGUGAUACUCGCAACGAGAACAUGAAGAUUCUGAAGGCGGAACAAGAAGAGCGCCGCAGAAUCGAAGGACUGUUGCGAGCCCUCAAAAAGGAGCAUGCGCAGGUGACGGGCAAGCCUGGCCCAAGUCCCAUUGGCACCCCCUUAUGA